UGAUGCUCGGAGCCUCCCGGGCCCUGGUCGCAGCCAUUGGGCUUCCACAGCCCGCUCCGCUCUCCACGCAAGUGCUUCACGAGCCUCCUGCCCGGCCAUGUCGUCCUGCAGCCGCGUGGCGCUCGUGACCGGGGCCAACAAGGGCAUCGGCUUUCAGCUGCAGGCCGAGGGCCUGAGCCCGCGCUUCCAGCAGCUGGACAUCCAGGACCUGCAGAGCAUCCGCGCCCUGCGCGACUUCCUGCGCAAUGAGUACGGGGGCCUGGACGUGCUGGUCAACAACGCAGCUAUUGGUUUCACGGUGAAUGAUCCCACACCGUUUCACAUUAAAGCAGAAGUGACGAUGAAAACAAACUUUUUUGGUACCCGAGACGUCUGCACGGAGCUGCUGCCUCUCAUGAAACCCCAAGGCAGAGUGGUGAAUGUGUCCAGCAUGGAGAGUCUCAGAGCUCUGAAAAACUGCAGCCCGGAGCUGCAGCAGAAGUUCAGAAGCGACACCAUCAGCGAGGAGGAGCUGGUGGGGCUCAUGAACAAGUUCGUGGAAGAUGCACGAAACGGGGUGCACCAGAGGGAAGGCUGGCCCAACAGGACCUACGGAGUCACGAAAAUCGGCGUCACCGUCCUGUCCAGGAUCCACGCCAGGAACCUGAGUGCGCACAGGAGAGGGGACAAGAUCCUCCUGAAUGCCUGCUGCCCAGGGUGGGUGAGAACCGACCUGACUGGACCCCAAGCCCCCAAAAGCCCAGAAGAGGGUGCGGAGACCCCUGUGUUCCUGGCCCUUUUGCCCUCAGAUGCUGAGGGGCCUCACGGACAGUUUCUUUUUGAAAAAAAAGUUGAACAAUGGUGAGCUCCCCUCACAGCCCCCUCCGUGGGCCACAUUGUGUUAUCUGUCCUGAACUGACCAAAAGGACAUGCACACUGUCACAUCAUUUCUACCCAAAUAUAUGUAUUGUUCACGUGAGAAACGUUCAAACCUGUAAA